CGGUGAUUCGGACAUCCUGUGCCUGUAACACGUCAUGGGGUCGAAUUAUCGCGAUUCAGGACGAGAAAGUCGUCGGGAGCGGGGAAGUGACUGGGGAAGAGAGCAAGGAAGAUACGAGUUCGGGCGUGACCGCUAUGGCGAUGGAAGACGGGAACGAUCCCUGGAGCGAGGUAGUUCAAGUCACGGUGUCCAGAGGGAGGCCCCGCAGCGAUUUACACCAGUGUGUUACGAAUGCGGUGAGCCCGGGCACUAUCGAAACCAAUGUCCCAAGCUGGGAAGGGACGGAGGCCAUAGACCAGGAGGCCAGCGAGGGCGGUCUACGUCACCGCGGCAGUUCACACGUCAGCCCGAACCUCGUGCCAUGACCGAAGAUCCGGCGAUGACACGCAAACUGGAGGAUCUUGCGGCCUCUAUGGCAGCCAUGAAAGAAGUGAUCGAGGCGGAGAAUGCGGCAAAGGAAGAGAAGCGGAAAAGGAAGACCGAGAAGUUGGAACGUAAGCGACUGAAGGAGGAGGAAGCGUGGUUGGCAGAGGAGGCGCGACUUGCAGAACAGAAGCGGUUAGCACGUAAGGAGGAGAAGUUAAGAAAGGAGGAGGAAGCUCGCGAAAACAUGAGAAAGGAGUUGUUGAUGGAGAUUUCAAUCCGCAUGGGACAACUAGACGAAUCGUUACAGCAACGGUAUGAACGAGAUUUGCGUGAAAAAAUGAAGGGCAAGCAGCAAGUGGUCGAGUACUCGUCCGAUGAGGAAUCUGUUGAUUCACACGGGAGUGAUGUGGACGCUUUGAGUCGCAAGACCGAGCAAUUGGUGAUAUCGGAGAAACGUAAGUGGGGAGCCGACCUGCCUAUUGACGACAGCCCACCUAUGGAGACACCGGCAAAGCGUGUAGCGAAGCGUCGCCUUCAGCUAGGAUGUCGUCACCAGCCCCUCAAGAAGUCACCUCCUUAUAAAACACCGUUGACAAGCAGGAAGAAGAUCCCGGCUGCCCCGGGGUCCGUGGGUAAGUUGAGGUUCAUUACCGACAAUCUGCGACAGCUGGGCAACAUGAAUGUUGACGAGCUCAAGAGGAUCUGCAUAGCUGAGGGUGUGGAAUAUGAAGGUAAGAAGAUGCAAGCGAUACUCGCUCUUGCAGAGAAGCGGACUGUAGUGGCAUAUGGGGAAGAGGAGGGCCGAGUAGGGGAAGAGAACGCAGGGGAGAUCAGGAAGGGCGGCGAGGAAGAAGAGCCGGACGCAGCGAGAUUUCCCUAUCCAAGGAUAGGUGGUCACAUGCAGUUUCGGUUGCAGGAACUGGAGGGCAUUCAUCCGCUCCUCUGUAAUGCUAAUAAUGUUCUGAAGCUUUCGCAUCCGGAUCGUGGAGGACUGUUACUACAAGAGAUCAAGCAGGGCCUGGAAGGAUGGGUAAAUUGGCGAGGUGGGAAAGUGACCAUUGGGAGAGCCGAAGUGGAGGCGUGUCUGAGUGUGAAGGAGGAUACCGUGUCGAAGUACCUAGACAUGGGGACCGUAUGCAGACUGAAGAAGCAGCUCGAAGGGCUCGUACUUACACCAUUGGACCGGAACCCGGGGGAGACCCUCGCACUAUGUCCCAGGAAGUACUAUGAAGCCAUGUUGCAACUGUUUGUUACGAGUGUGGGUUACAGGGUGAUCAGAGAGCCGGAAGCGGUGGUGAUGGAAGCUAUGCGGUGUGAGGUGUUUGACGCGGGCCUGACGAAGCUUGCACAAUGGGAUAAGAAAGGGAAGUUUGGAGAAGCCUAUGUCAUGCCUAAACAUAAGGACCUGACACGGUUUCGGCCAAUCUGUCCCACAUAUUCAGAACCUACGGUGAGAGGCUGCAGGAUUGUCGCAAAAGCUCUCAAUCAUCUGUUGUUCUCACUUCCACAGGAUUGGCAUUUCAAUCUUCGGUCAAAUACAAGUUUCUUCGAAGUUUGGGAUCCUGUAGAAGAGGUGUUUGGCAUCUGUCUGAUGGAUGACGUGAGUCUGAUUGUCCUCAAACGAAGGCGUAGUUCGAUGAAGGUGGAACGGAUUCGGGAACUCUUCGAGGUACGUUAUCCUGAAAAUCUGCAAUUAAAGAGAACAGAUGAUGACUCUGGUUCCUGGGAUUUCCUCGGUACUCAGAUGCAUGUUAACGCGCUGCAACCGUUUGUUACGUGCUGCCAAGUAGCAAAAAACGAACGCACUAUUUGGCAAGGGGAUGCCUUGGAAUUCAAGAACGGGCAGUCAUUCCGUUCCUGGGGAUGUAAGCAGCAGAAGGGCGCAGUGAUUACGUGCCACCUUCAUCGAAUUGAUCGGAACACAAACGACCGAACCUGCAUUCCGAGGCAGGUUCUCAGCCUGGUUCGGGAACUUCGACUGAAGGAUUUCCCGGCCAAGACAGUGGAGAGGACACUCAAGCGCUUUGCUAAGGGAAGAGAUUGGAUUUGGAAUUGGACUGUGCUCUGGUUAAACCCGCCAUAACCAAGGCCGGCUGAACCAUUUCGGGUUUGCGAAAACAG